ACCAUCAGUUUGCCACUUGCAUAUCUCCUCUAACUCUAAGCAAGCCCAAACCGCACCGUCACCCCAGAAAGCUGCUCAAAAGCCAAGCCUACCCCAGGCUACUUAUCACAGGGAGGACUCGGCAUCAUACAGUGAUAGAAUACAGCCUCCACCCAGCAAUUACGGGGGGAUCUACUCAGACCACAACACUUAUCGACCAAUGAUAACUGACACACAGGUUAAACCCAGAGAUGUUAAACCUAUCCUGAGUUCACUUGUCAGCGCUUUAGAUCUUGGCAGUAAUGCUCCCCAGAAAGGUGUGGCCAAGGCGUUGGGGAUUGAAUCAACAAUGGUCAAAGACUCUUCCAGUUAUGGUGUAAGCCAACCCAAGUCCAACGCAGCCAGCUGCCAUCAGUUUCAUGAUCAUCCACUUACACCAGCUCAGAUUAAACAGGAACAUUAUCAUACUAAGGACGCCACACAUUCACAAGACUUAUCAACUCCAUCAACCCAGCCUGCUAAUCUCAAGCCAGCAACACUCAAUGAAGAGAACUCUGGAAAUACUAGACUGACCAGCACUCCAAGUGCUGAUGGUGAAAAACAGUUGGAUGCAAGAAUGGAACUCAAUAGGACGCCAGUUAUGUCAACCGCCAGUUCUAAAACCAAUUGUGGCAAUGCACCAUCUUUAAAUUCUUUUUCAUCGGAUUCAGAUGCUUGUGCUGAGCUGGUGAGAAUAAAGGCAGGAGUGAACUCCUCCUAUGAAGAGCAACAAACAGGUACAUCAAGCAAUCUAUCAGAAACAUCAGUUGUUACAGACUAUGCCUUGGAGACAGCUUCCAGUACAAACUGCACUCUGACAAACCAUAAGGCGUUGUCCACAAUGACACCUCACACGAGCAUCAACACACCAGCUUCAUUAAGCACCAUAUCUGAAAAAACAAACGCGUUUUUCAGCAAACACCACACACAUGCUGAGAUUCAGGAAUCUACAGGAGAUAACAGAAUUCCAGAUAAUAAUUACAGGCUCAACACCAGUGCAUCUCCAGGAAAUGUACUGUCAUUACAUGUCCAAGACUCCCAUGAGAGUUCAGUCAAAUGUAUAAUCCACAUCCAAGAAAAGGAUUCAGAACACUUCAAAGAGAAGCAACUGGGGGACACUUGCGUUUCUGGUGAUGACCAAAUAUCUGGUCAGCCUGUCUCAUCACCUGUACAAUCAGCACCAUUUGACAAUCACGCUGUUGCGGUUCCACGAGAUGAAUUUACACAUUCACAUCACUGUGACGAGAAAAUAGCAGCCGCAAGAAUAGAUGCACCACUAAAUUCAAACCCUGAUUCCUCUGCCAACAUGCAGAUAUUAGGGUCUGGUGCUCUUCCAAGCAAAACAAACAGCAAUGAUCAGGA